UUUUUCUAAAUAACACCGAAGAACCAUAGCUAAUAACGAAGAUGAGUUCUUCAAUUGACCUUGGAAGCGAUAGAAGAGGAGACCAUUUUGAAUUGUCAUUAACGGGCAGCAAACAAAUAAACAGAAGCAGUAAAAAUAUGUGUGCAAUAUGCUUGGACAAGUACAGAAACCCAAAAUAUUUACAAUGCUUACAUGCGUUCUGUGAACAACCAUGCCUCCAGAGCCUGCUUGACAGAUCGGAGAACAACAUUUUCAAGUGUCCCUUAUGUCGACAAAGUUAUAAUGUGCUGACCUUUGAAUGUGUAUCUUCCGAGUCUACAGCAAAUGAAGCUGUUCCUCUACUUGUCGAAAGAACAGAGCAAAGUACAGCAGAGACGAAUACAUGUGAACGAUUUUACACUUUAAGCGUUUUAGUUGUAGUGUUUCAUUUUUGCAUCAUUAGCGUUGCUAGAAUAGUAUUAGGGUUAUAUUCUCAUGAAUGUAAAAAGCUAUUGUAUGCUUAUCAAAUUGCGAAAGGGUUGAUAGACAUUUUCAUUGCACUGUCAUACUGCAAAAAUCAAACAGGAGUAUGCACUACAAUUCUGUUGGGCGUUUCAAUCAUUGGGCUUAUAUUAGGUACUAUGGUAGCCUGGGAGUCGACAGAAGACAACAGGCAAUGUCAUUUUCUAAUAGUAUUUUCCCGCUAUUACGUUGUUGCUGACGGCAUUUUGAUCUUAUUCAUCCUCAUUUGCGGAAGACGAUUACUCACAAAAAUCUUGGAUUUAAUACGAUGUUAACAAAACAAUACUGUAUGAUGAAGAUGUAUAUUUUCAAUUUUUUCAAAAGAAGAUAAAGUCUAGUUCGUUCAAAUUAUUAUUCAAAAAUAUGUGUGACCAUUAAUCAAUUAUAAACAUAAACAUGAUAUUAGGUAAUAUGUUUAUAGAUAUAUAAUUGCUUAUAUCUAUGAAUCUACAUAGUUUAGGUCGACUUUGACAUGAUAAAUUGGAAUAAACGUAGUCAAUCCACUUACUUUUUGUUAUCACGUUUAGUUUUUUAGUGUAGGUUAGACAGAAAUACCGUAUCCGUUCUUUGUACGAGCGUAGUCCUACAAUUGUGUUCAAUG